AUGUCGAAGCCCGUAGUGAACAGAAUUACUUCCCCGCUGCAGAAGCAGACUUGCAAAGUAAGCAUCUCCUCCUCGCUAAGAGUUACUCAUUAUCUUCUUUCAGGGUUGAAUCCCACCAGAUUUCGAAUAGGUGACCAAGAGUUUGAUUCUUUGCCAGCUUUACUGGAAUUCUACAAAAUACACUAUUUGGACACUACAACCUUGAUAGAACCAGUUUCCCGAUCCAGGCAGAAUAGUGGCGUGCUCCUCAGGCAGGAGGAAGCGGAGUAUGUGCGAGCUCUCUUUGACUUUAAUGGGAACGAUGAAGAAGAUCUUCCGUUUAAGAAAGGAGACAUACUGAGAAUCCGGGAUAAACCUGAAGAGCAAUGGUGGAAUGCAGAAGACAGCGAAGGGAAGAGGGGAAUGAUACCUGUUCCUUACGUCGAGAAGUAUAGACCUUCCUCUGCUUCAGUAUCUACUCUGAUUGGAGGUAACCAGGAUAGUUCCCACCCACAACCAGUGGGUGGGCCGGAGCCAGGGCCCUAUGCCCAGCCCAGCAUCAACACUCCGCUCCCUAACCUUCAGAAUGGCCCUAUUUAUGCCCGGGUUAUCCAGAAGCGAGUCCCUAAUGCCUACGACAAGACAGCCUUGGCUUUGGAGGUCGGUGAGCUGGUAAAGGUCACAAAGAUUAACGUGAGCGGUCAGUGGGAAGGAGAGUGUAAUGGCAGACGUGGUCACUUUCCAUUCACGCACGUCCGCCUUCUCGAUCAACAGAAUCCCGAGGAGGACUUCAGCUGAGUGUGGCUCAACAGUUGCGCUUACGGAUGGGAACAAUCUCAACUUGUUUUUAUUGCAGAUGCCAUCAAGACUAUGUUCCGACAGAUGUUGAAAGCGGUAUUGCUUGUAUAAGCAUUCUGAUAACCGGCAAACCCCUGGGACUGAACACCACCAUUCCUUAAUCAAGGGUCAUGUAAUUCAGGGUACGACAGUAGGUAACUUGUGUGUCAAGUGGCAGAACUAGUACAUGAUUAUAGGUUGUCAUGCCUGCUUACGUCCAGGUGCACAGCAGACUGGACCUUGGCAGCAGCAGUUGGAGAAAGCAGUGACGUAGAUGCUAGGGUAACGUUUAUAGCUCUCUCCGGUCCUAUUGCUUAUGUUGCUUCUUCCUCAGGCAACGAACAUCAACCUUAGACAAUUCAGUAUGUAGAUAGAAAUGUCACAGAUUUAUCCUGGAGAUUUCUCCGUGGGUUUGUUUUUUUUCCCCCCCCUCCUGAAUUCUCUGUCCCAGAAAGGCUGUAUGGAACUUUGCACAGUCAGUUAACUGUG